GGAACAGACCAAGGAGAUCCAUCCAUAGGAAAAGGGGAGAACUGAGUGAGCUGAGGGCGCAAUUGUUUGCCAGGGCGCAUGCAUUUGGCAACCCCCCGACACCUGCCUUCGGUAAGCACGCAUUGCUCUCCGCCUCCCCCCCACCCCCCAUUCGGCUAGUGAUCAGCCAGAGCAGACACACCCCCACCUCCACUCCCCACCUCACCCCACCUUCCAGUCCCUGGCUGCCGGAUUUAUUCGCUCUGCCUGUUUGUGGAAGAAGGCGAUUUGGGGAGGCUGCUCAGAGCUGCGCCUUAGAGUCGUCCUGAGGCCAGCGGCGCCCUCAGAGCGCACUCCCAUGGGGUUCAAGUCUUCGGAGCCUCCUCACCCAUCUCAGCCCAUCCAGGCUAGCCCAGCAGCGGGGAGACCCCGGGGCCAGUGACUUGGAACUUCAAGGGCGAGAGCAGCGAUCGCCCGUCACCCCGCAGCCUCCAACAGGCUUCAGGACAAAGCACUGUAGCUGCAUCAGGGGGUCGGGACUGCCCCCUCCACACCCAGCCCUAAGCCAUGAUGAAGACGACGUCCAGUGGGAACUGCGCGCUCAGUGUGCCCGCCAAAAAUUCCUACCGCAUGGUGGUCUUAGGGGCCUCACGGGUGGGCAAGAGCUCUAUCGUCUCCCGGUUCCUCAAUGGCCGCUUUGAAGAUCAGUACACCCCCACCAUCGAGGACUUUCACCGCAAGGUCUACAACAUCCGAGGGGACAUGUAUCAGCUGGACAUCUUGGACACAUCAGGCAACCACCCCUUCCCAGCCAUGAGAAGGCUGUCCAUCCUCACAGGAGACGUCUUCAUCCUCGUGUUCAGCCUGGAUAACCGAGAGUCCUUUGAUGAAGUCAAACGUCUCCAGAAGCAGAUCCUCGAGGUCAAAUCCUGCCUAAAGAACAAGACCAAGGAGACGGCUGACCUGCCCAUGGUGAUCUGUGGCAACAAAAAUGACCACGGGGAGCUCUACCGCCAGGUGCCCACCAACGAGGCGGAGCUCCUUGUCUCGGGGGACGAGAACUGCGCCUACUUCGAGGUGUCGGCCAAGAAGAACACCAACGUGGAUGAGAUGUUCUACAUGCUCUUCAGCAUGGCCAAGCUCCCCCACGAGAUGAGCCCGGCCUUGCACCGUAAGAUCUCUGUCCAGUAUGGAGACGCCUUCCACCAGAAAUCCUUCUGCAUGCGCCGGGUGAAGGAGAUGGAUGCUUAUGGGAUGAUCUCUCCAUUUGCCCGCCGGCCCAGCGUCAACAGCGACCUCAAAUACAUCAAGUCCAAAGUCUUGCGGGAGGGCCAAGCCCGAGAGAGGGAGAAAUGCACCAUUCAGUAAGAAGAGAGGUGUGAAGAGGGCAGCCCACCUAAGCAGUGCCUUAAGGGAGAUGGCUCUGGAGGAUGCCCCCAGCCAUGCCUGGGGGAAGGGAGGGGACUGGGCAGCCAUACUGCCCUCUCUCCCCUUGCAAUUGAGAGCCCAACUGCACUGGUCACAAGGGCAGCAGCCCCCUGGGCUCUGUAAAUAUUUCUGGGUCUUCUCUGCCACCUCAACCCUCCCCUGUGAUUCUCCCUUUCUCUAACUGGGAUAACUGACUCCUUUCACUUGGUAGGAGAUGAGAGAUCCCAGUUGGGGUGAAUGUGAAUGGGAGCUUUCAUAUUUUGGAGGACAGUUUAUCAGUCAGAAUUCAGAAGGGGCAGAAGGCAGAAUCUCCAGGCCUUUCUCCAGAACUCAAUCCAACUGAGCCUCUGAACUCACCUCAUGGGUUACUGUCUCUUGGGUGAGGGCUGGUCAGAGCUUUGGGUCUGGGGCAUUCGGGCCAUCGAGGUUGAAGUCCUUUGCUUUGGAGAGGGGUGCUCUGAGCAAGAGGGAGGUGAGACCUAUCUCAACGGCUGGGAGACCCCACACCAGGAAUUUGUGACCUUAUUUUCUGCUGUUGAUUUUUUUUUCUUUCCUGCUGAUUCCCUCUCCCCAUCCCCCAACCAAAGUAGUGGUAUUUGUGUGUUUGAUAUGAAGUGUGUUUGAUGUACCAAGAAUAUUUAUCUUCUGAAGCUCCUUGUUUUAUCGUUUGUCCUUUUUCCUGUGGCUGUUGUCCCUUGAGUGCAGACAGAAACGGACACCAAAACCAUUGAACCAUGCUAAGGAGGCCUGUACCACCAUCCUUAGUCAGCCCAUCUGCCACCUGUUCCCUUGGGGGAGCAGGGAAUGCCUUCCCCAACAGCCCACACUUACCACCUGCCUUCUCCAGACAGAAGGCCCCUGCCCCUUUGCCCCAUCUCCUCUGCAGAAGCUGAGAAUUCUGACGGCCCAAGUCCAGCUCUGUUCCCAACUUCUCCUGGGGGCAGUGACCUUGGGCAGCCUUGCUCUGCUCUCACAGCCUCAUUUUAACCCAUCUGACCAGCAAAAGGGGUUCCUUUCUUUUUCAUACACAGAUUUGGGGAGAUUCCUGAGCAGAGUCCUGAUCUUAAGCUGGGGCCCCAGUCUAGUGGAAAGGAUAGGGGAUUUGGAAUCAGACGAACUUUAGCUGAAAUUCAGCUCUUCCACUUACC